AUGUCUGCGUUGCGCUCUUGGUUCCGCGGCUCGUCCGCACCCUCAAAACAAUCGUCCAAGGCGCCAAGUACUGCGCCGAGCCCCGCUGCCAGUUCUACUUCCUUGCGCGAUCACUUACACCUCCAUGGACGCCCCAGGACCGCCUCAAUUAGCGCUGCCCAGCAGGAGGCAAACAACAUUGAAGAUGCCAUGGCAGCAGUAGCAUUGAUUAUGAACGACGAUAUCGACGGAGCAGACGCAAUGCUGCGAUUGCGUGAAGAUGCCUCGACAUUCCACCAGCUCGGCCUGGGCGUGUCGACAUUUUUGAGGAGCAUCUUGGGUUUCGAAAAGGAGAUCAUGAACGAGACAACACAGAGGCUGGGAGAGACGGAAACACGGGCAUGGAAUGACAUGAAGAAGGCCCAGAAAGAGGCAGAGAAGCAUGGGGUGUACGCUGGUUCAACAUACCCGCAGGGACAUGCAUCAGGAGGAAGCCAUAUUUAUCCUCCGGGCUCUGAGUUCGCGCUUGUGAACGCAGAGGCGCAGCUCAUGGGCGCCGUCGUGGCUGUCAUGCACGAAAGUCUGACGGAAGCGAUCAAGGGAUUCUAUAAGCUGAGGAAGGCGUACGCAACUUUGGAUGGCAUCAUGCAGUCCGAGUUGCUGUAUCUGCAGACGUUGGAAAGGAAGGGUAUCACCACGAGCGCAAGGUCAACUAAGACGAGUCUCGACAAGAUGCCUGGUGGAUUCAGCGACUCGGAAUUUGCUAGCCUCGAAAACUCGAAAGGCACAAAUACUCCUGCGCAAAACGGUGCCGCUACAGACUCUGCCAGUGUCGCCAAAGAGCCCUCCGGCCCUCAGACACCAGCUUCCGCAUCAGCUUCCAACGUAGCGAAGACGGCAGCGGAUGCGGAGAUACUCAACGAGAAACUGGGUCAUCUCCAACUCGACACGGAUGCGGCGAGCGUGCAGAGCGUGCCCCAGAAUGCCUCCCCCGAGGUAUCGACACCAUCAACACCCCAGUUCUCUCACCUAGACCAGCUGAACAAGUUCGGCGCCGAUAGGUCACUCUUCAAGUCACCCGUUGACAUCUUCGUCCACAGCGGCGCAAGCAUGUGCUUCGGUAUUCUCCUGCUCAUCAUCUCCAUGGUUCCCCCAGCAUUCUCCCGCCUGCUCUCCGUCAUCGGAUUCAAGGGCGACCGCGACCGGGGCGUCCAGAUGCUCUGGCAAUCCACCAAGUACAACAACAUCAACGGCGCCAUGGCUGGUCUCGUCCUCCUGCAGUACUACAACCUCUUCCUCGGCUUCGCCGACAUCCUCCCCAGCAAGCUCGAUAUCCAGCAGCACUCCAAGUCCGCCACCGGCGGCAACGAGAUCGAAGCCGUUGGCUACCCGCGCGAUGAGUGCACUGCCCUUCUCGCCGAGAUGCGCCAGCGCUACCCGGACUCGCGCCUCUGGCGGCUCGAAGAGGCCCGCGUCAUGGCCAACGAGCGGCGCAUCGAGGAGGCCCUGGCCAUGUUGGCCGUCAACAACGACAGCAAGAUGCGCCAGAUCGCGGCGCUGAACAAUUUCGAGCUGAGCAUGAACUCCAUUUACGCCCUUGAGUUCCAAUCUGCGCCCGCCCAUUUCCUGCGCUGCGUCGAGCUCAACAGCUGGAGCCACGCGCUGUACUAUUACCUCGCCGGCUGCGCCGAACUAGAACAGUAUCGUGACUUGUUCCAUGCCGGUGAAGCUGCCAGCGCCGCUGCCCUCAAGCACAAGAAGCUCGCCGAAGAGUACUUCCGCAAGGCACCCACCGUGGCCGGCAAGAAGCGCUUCAUGGCCAAGCAGAUGCCCUUCGAGGUGUUUGUGCUGCGCAAGCUGCAGAAAUGGGAGGAGCGCACCAAGGCGUACGGUUUGGAUCUCGCCGACGUCAUCUGCGUCAGCCCGGCCGUCGAGAUGAUCUACUUGUGGAACGGUAGCAAGCGGAUGCCGCCUCACUUGCUGGAGAAGGCGCGGAAGUACCUGGCCUGGGAGCGGUGCACGACGCCGGUCGAAAAGGGACUCGUCGCCAAGGUUAAGGCGACGGAGCAAGAUGAGGUGGCUAUUGGACUACUGGCUGAGUCGGCGCUGUUGAGACAGCUGGGUAAAGGACAGGAGGCGAGGAAGCUGGUGGAGCCUCUUUUGGGUGUUGAUAGAAACAUCUUCAAAGGCCCUACAAGAGACGACUACUGCGGCGCCGCAGCCCACUACGAAGUCGCAGCCGUCGCCUGGAUGGAAGUCUGCAGCCCCGAAGCCUGGCCAUCAGUCUCUGAAGAGGUUGAAGCCUUCCGCAAGCAAAAGACGGACGAGUGCCAGCUGUAUCUGGACAAGGUGUCCAAAUGGGACGGCUUUGUUCUGGAUGCUCGGUUUGGCAUGAGAGUCCAGGCGGGUAUUGAUAGCGUGAGGUGGUUGAAGGGAAAGAAGGGCUGGAUGUGA